CUUUGUUGACUCCUCUGUUCUGCGCAUCUGUCCACUGACGUGUUCGCCUAUCCAUUUGCAGCCGUAUUGAAAGCUCGAUCUCAUGGAUGUUUUCCAGGCGUCUUGGGUAUACUUGUGCCAGGCUUCCGCCGGGAUCUUUUCUCUCUCGUUGCUGCUUAGAUUUGGGAACGUCACGCACAAACUUGGAGAAAGGAAGAGUUGGAAGAACCGAACCAUCCGUGUUCAAAGAGCAAGAACAGAGACUGCCUUCCUGGGAUUUGUUCCGUGCCCAUCAGCUGCCUCUUCCUACGAUCGGCACGCAUGCUCCGAAAGUUUCCAGCUUUUUGAACUUUCCUUCUUCUUUGAGGCUUGACGACCCGCAUCUCUCUCUCUCUCGCUCGCGCGCGCGCGCGCGUGCGCGGAUACUUCGAUUCUUGACCUCCAACGCACGCUGAAGACUCGGAGGGGCGGCCCAAGGUGCGUCUUUUAUCCCGAAAGGUGACGACUUGGUGGGAUUCGAGGACGGAUUCCGGGGGGUGGGGAGGUGCAGCGAUUGGGGGGCGUGAAAAAUGGACGGUCUGAUGUUGAUGAAGGGGGUUCCGUCGACGGGCCUCGCCGUCGGUCGUGACGUCGCGUCACGGCACCACCUUCCGGCGGCGAAAGUUUGCGCCUUGGGUCCUCGGGCAGCCGCGGGGAGCGGUGGGAACGUGGUGGAGGCGUCAGCGGCCGGUGUGGCGGCGAAGCGGUCGUAUAUGUUCCCGCUGCCGCUGAGGCGACUUUGGCCCGAUGGGGGUGGGGCCGUCGCCGACAAGGGGAGCGACGACGUUGCCGCGGCAGAAAAGGUGGAGAAAUCGGUGGCGCUGGAGGAGGAGGAGGAGCAGCAGGAGGCUGUGGUAGAAGUAGCGGAGCACCGGAGGGACAACUGGGUGUUGAAGAUACUGAGAGUAACGUCGAUGUGGGCGGAGAGGGAGGAGCCGGAAGCGGGCGGCGACCGGGAGGUGGCGGCUGUGGAAGACGGCGACCGGUGCGUCGGUUGCGAAAGCUUCCCCGAAGAUGGCUCGGAAGGGUGCGUCGUCGAAGACGAAGAAGAGGAGAAGAUGGUGUUCGACCGGGAGUCCUUCUCCCGGUUGCUCCGAAGGGUGUCUUUGGUGGAGGCGGAGCUCUACGCCAAGAUGGCCUACCUUGGUAGCCUGGCAUACAUCGUUUCCAAGAUCAAGCCGAAGAACCUCCUGAAAUGCUAUGGACUGCGAUUUGUAACUUCAUCACUGGAGAAGAAAAGCACAUCUUUAAAUUCGGAUGAGCAGCAGGAACCAUCUCAAGAUCAAGAACUGAAAGAGGAGGUCCAUGAGGUGGAAGAGAAUGACAAAAGGAAGGGAAAUAGUACUGGCAUAAGUGCAUCUGCUGCUUAUCAAAUUGCAGCUUCAGCUGCUUCAUAUCUGCAAUCUCAGACGACGGGAAUUCUUCCUGGUAAGACAGAGACAGGCAAGGAUCAAAUAGAAGGAAGCAGCAAAAAUAAAGAAGAUGGGACUCUGAGUCCAGAAGAGGCAUCAUUUAUGGCCACUACAAAUUCUGUCACUGCUGUUGUAGCUGGGAAGGAGGAGAUGAGACAAGCCAUUGCCAAGGACUUGAACACAGCCAAGUCUUUACCUUGUGAAUGGUACAUAUGUGAUGAUGAUAAAAGUGCAACAAGAUAUUUUGUCAUUCAGGGUUCUGAGACACUGGCUUCUUGGCAAACAAAUCUUCUUUUUGAACCCGUUCAAUUCGAGGGGCUAGAUGUACCCGUACACAGGGGUAUCUAUGAGGCUGCCAAGGGAAUGUAUCAUCAGAUGUUACCGGAAAUCAGAUCUCACUUGAAAUCUCAUGGUCAAUCUGCAACUUUGCGCUUCACUGGUCAUUCGCUUGGUGGAAGCCUUGCACUGCUUGUGAAUCUUAUGUUACUAAUACGAGGAGAAGCACCUCCUUCAUCCUUGCUCCCUGUUAUAACAUUUGGUGCACCAUCGAUAAUGUGUGGAGGUGAUAACUUGCUUCGGAAAUUGGGAUUGCCUAAAUAUCAUGUCCAAGCCAUUACUAUGCAUAGAGAUAUUGUUCCUCGAGCCUUCUCCUGCAACUAUCCAGAUCAUGUAGCUAAGAUUCUCAAGGCUGUUAACGGCAACUUCCGAGAUCAUCCAUGUCUCAAGAACCAGAAACUGUUAUAUGGUCCCAUGGGGCAGCUUCUGAUACUACAACCUGAAGAGAAGUUCUCUCCAUGCCACCACCUUCUUCCCCCAGGCAAUGGCCUCUACAUCUUGGGCAAUUCAUUAGCAGACUCAAAUGAUACAGAAAGGCUACUGCAUGCUGCAACUUUAGCUUUCCUAAACUCUCCCCACCCUCUUGAGAUUCUUAGUGACCGCUCUGCAUAUGGUUCUGAAGGAACAGUGUAUAGAGACCAUGAUACAAAUUCCUACUUGAGGUCAGUCCGUGGUGUGAUCCACCAGGAGCUUAAACUCAUUAGAAAGGUCAAGAGGGAGCAACGCCGUAAAAUUUGGUGGCCUCUUGUGGCCACACAGGACAUGCACCCCAGGGUUGUCACCUCCAGAUCUGCUGGAUCAACUAUCUCCACUCAACGCCACUUCAGCUUUGCCGGUGUUAUUCACGGAGGAAGGCAAACACUGAAACGGUUUGGAAGACUGGUUGCAUCGCAGCAUGUUCAUAUAUUUGUCGUGCUCUUUUUUCCAGCACGGUUAUUGCUCCUGGGAGCAUUAUCUGUGAUUAAUUGCAGCUGACUGAAGUCAGUUGCUGUAAUCUGCUGCAGUGGUUACAUUCUUUAUUCAUCAUACAAUUCUUUCAUAGAAUUCUGGAAUAGAUGGAAAAAUUGUCAUUAUUCAUGAUAAAUAGAAAUGAAUAUAUAUGUCUCAGCAAAAGGUCUCAUGGUUCUUUGUUGAGUUCUGCUUUUUGUUUGCCCGAACAAACUAAAGAUCUGUUGUGAACAUACAUUUCCAAUCCCACAAUUCACUUGAAUUACUUUUCAGACUUCCAAUUUAAGAUGAAUUUGUGAGAUAAGAAGAAGAUAAUAUAUGCUGAGAUUUUAUUGGUUCUCAGAAUUCCUGGGAUCAAAUUCCCAUUGUAAGUCAUCUGAUCUCGGUCUGGUGAGCUUGAUUCUGAAUUUAUUCUUUUUAUCUUUUAAUUGUCACUGCUAUCAUCUAUUGAUUGUUAUAUAGCAGUUGGUCAAUCAUAUAUUAUCUUGUUUAGAUCAUGAUAAUAUAUCUUGUUUGUUGAUUUUAGGUAAACUUCCUCAUGUCAUUCAUUGUAGUCUUAGCAAACCAUGAUAACCCAGAUUUUAGCUGAGUUGUUGAUUGCAUAAAGAGGCACAUGCUUGCGUUUGUGACUAAAUCAUUCAGUGUCAUACUUUCUUUAAUGGAUACGUGAGGUCGACACAUCAUAUAACUCUACUGCAAUAAAUUUCAAACUCUUUUAUCAUAAAUCCUGAUAAUUAUCAACCUUGCUUGCUUAAAUUUCUGAAUCUUGCUAUUUAAGAAUUUAAUCCCUCUACUUUCAGAUAUUUCUAGUUGUGCGUAGACACUAGAAAUUUGGUUUGUGUUCAAAUUUUAAAGGCUAGUAUGACGACAAACACGUGUUCAAAAUCAUGCUUCUGUUCGCAUCCAUCUUAGCUGUUGUAUCUUCUCGCUCAAAAUGGUAGGUGCAUGAGUGUCGUGUUUGAAUGUGGCUCUACGACUCUUGUGACUUUUGCUGAACUGACAAGGGUAUCGGAUGUUGCCAUGAUAUUUCUGCAUCUUGACCAAUUCCAUUUUUUUAAAAGCAUAAUUUUCUUUUUUGUCCAACAUUUUGGCAUCUUACACUGGAAACUUAUGCCAAGGAAAUACAAAGAUACAUACAAAUACUGACAGGUUGUGGACAGCUCCACCUUUGUCUUGCUCAAUCAAACACAUGUUAAGUGAACAGCAACAAGAUUGAGGUCCCAGCUUGCGUGGUUGAGGUUUCUAAGCCUAUCGACUCACUCUGAGGCACGUAUCAUACACGUAAGAGUAUGGCUGCUACGCAGGUAAGGCUUACACGUUGGACGCCGAUCAUUCUACUCAUAAGAUGUUGACAUAUUAGCUGAAAAUGUUGUGAAUUUGCAUCUACUAACAGGUUGCAGCUAUCUGAUAGCAAUCCUGAUUCACAUGGUCUUUUUUGUGGAUGCAUACUGGACAAAAUAUUUUUUUUUUGUCGUGUCUUUUUCUUCUGGUUCACCACCCACCCUUCUCUCUGAAGAGUAAUGUUUCGUUGCUGCUUUAGCCAUGGUCUUUUCCUUUCUCUUCACUGUGAACUUGUAAGCUCUGCUUUGAUAAGUGUGGACUAGGGAGGACCAAAUGCUACAGAGAUGAAGCCAUACAUAUGCAUGUAAACACACACUAUCAUGGAUUACUUUGCUUUCAGUCUCAGAAACAGAUUAAAAUGCCAUCAUCUGGUCAAACAUGAUGAAGUUUUCGUCAA